GCGGUUUUAGAGUGUUGACCCGGUAGCGAAUAUAGGAGGGGUCAUUCGGGUCACAAGCAUGUCGUGGAGGGGGUGCAUUUUAAGAUGGGCUAGGGAUGACGUUAUUUGUAUAGCAACGAGAGGAAACAGAAUCCCCCUCAACACUCAACAGAGAUGUGGCUUCAAGAAAGUAGUGAAGGGGGUCAUAGAGGAGACGGGGCCCUCACACACAGAGCCCAGUGAAGGGCUCAUCCACAAGAGGGGUGCAUCUCCCCCUUGGAGCCCUCCCCUUGGAGUCCAGAGCUACUUUGACAAGGUCCGGGCUGACUGGUUGGAGACACUACGGCCGCAGGAACACGGGGAUCUUCGCAAAUGGGUCUUUUUUUUAAAUACCAUGCCUCAUUAUUUUCUAUACAUCUUUAUUGAUACAUUAUACAGGAAAUUGAUAAUUUUGCUGUCACAGUACUCGGCCUCUCCCCACAACAUAUACAAACAGUACAACAUGCUGGGAGCAGCACAGGGUUCCUGGAAUGGGGUUAGGGUGUAUAGUCUCCCCCAUUUGUAACUGAAAGGGAUAUGAGGGUUACGAGGAACAAUUCCGGUGCGCUGGAUUUUGUGUCGCUGAUUAUUUGGACGAAUUACAAUUUUGCAGGGCUGGCAUCUUUAAAGUUUCAUAACGAAAGGGGUUGAUUUGUCCCAAAGGUGGACAAGGAUUUCAGAGGAGGGGGUGUGGACUUUGCCACUCGCACUAGGUCAAACAUGUUAAUGCUCCCCCUUUCUCUUCUUGCUGAACUGUUCACACUGAUGUCUUAGCGAGUUGAUUCCCUAUGCUGGGUCGUGUUUAUUACUACACGCAACAGAAUAAAACUUUUUUUUUAAAAACAUUUUGCAACGGAAAACUAGAAUGUAUGUUUAUUAUUGGACCAGGUUGUCCCUCUGUGUUUCAGUCAGUUUUAUUCUGUUUGGUGCCUAAUGAACACGACCCAGGUUUCACUACAUUGUGUGGCCGUUUUGUCAAACCGGUUCUGUUUCUGUCACAGAUCAACCAGUGGUGGAACGGCAUGAGUGAGGGCCAACGUACUGUUGUAGGUUAGUCUGUACUGAAGCCCAUAUAUUUUUUUUGUGUCCUCUCAAUAGUAACUAGUUUAUACAGAUAAUGAUGGUCACUUUCACUACUACCCUCUUUCUCAAGAUAAUGUAUACUUUUUGUCUGUAUGAGAGAGAAAUUUGUCCUGCUUUAUACCCAACCACUUUGAUACACAAACACAUUAGAUUGGAGCAGACUGCAGUUGCAGUGCCCAAUGAGCAGUUUAGAGGUUUAGGUUCCUUGCUCAAGUGAACAUCCUGCCAUCUUUUACCACCCUUCAGCACCUCUACCCACCUCUUUCAUUAUCCACUAAUCUCUCAUUAAUUCAGUCUUUCUACUCCUCUCUCAGGGAUCAAUAGCUGCUAAUGCUGUGGUUUUUUGCUGUUGGAGUGCCAUACCUCCAGCGCUCUAUGAUCAGAUACUUCACAUCCAACCCUGCCUCCAAAACCCUGUGUUUCCCCAUGCUCCUGUUCACGUUCAGCCACUACUCCUUCUUCCACAUGGUGGCCAACAUGUACGUCCUCUGGAGCUUCUCCUCCAGCAUCGUCUCCAUGCUAGGCAGGGAGCAGUUCAUGGCCGUUUACAUGUCUGCAGGUGUUAUCUCUACGAUGUUCAGCUAUGUAUGCAAGACAGCCAGCGGGUGCUUAGGUCCCUCUCUUGGUGCGUCAGGAGCCAUCAUGACAGUCUUGACUGCCGUCUGUACCAAAAUGCCAGAGGCUAAGCUGGCAAUCAUCUUCCUCCCCAUUUAUGCUUUCUCUGCAGGCAAUGCAUUGAAAGCCAUAGUAGUCAUGGACACAGCUGGCCUAGUUUUAGGAUGGCGAUACUUCGACCACGCGGCCCAUCUAGGCGGAGCUCUUUUUGGCGUCUGGUACAUCAUGUAUGGCCACGAGCUGAUAUGGAAGAACCGUGAGCCACUAGUGAAGGUGUGGCACGACCUUAGGACAAAGGGUCCUAGUGGGGGAGGAAACGGUGGCAACGGCCCCCAGUAGAGCGCACUGGACUGGGUGAAGGCAUGUGGAUGGACUGGCCUUGGCUGAUGUGUAUAUUACCAGAUUACAGAAGUGUCAAUAGCGUCAACAGCCAUGCUGGCCACACAAACUGAAGCCUGACUCCAUUUAUCCCCCACACACAAGCUCUAUGUUUGUCUCUCACUCUCUCAUAAAAAUGCAAUUUGCAUUCAGUGCUCUCUCGCUUUCUCUCUCAAACUCACACACUACAUAAUAAUGCAGGGAUUUUGUGUGUUUUUGAGAGAAGAGGGGACACUUGAGUUGCACUAUGGCCUGUAUUCACAAAGUGUUGAUCUAGGAGUAGUUUAGCCUUUUAGAUCAUAAUGAUUACAGGUGAAGAUGGUCACAGGAGCCUACAGGUCACCAUUAUCUCCCCAAAUGCUGAGGUGGAGUAUCCUAACACCCUAAGAUACAAAAACCAUGCGAUCACGAAACCCUUCCCACUGUCAGUACAGGGGAUGGUUAGAGAGCUACAUUGCAUUCGGAAAGUAUUCAGACCCCUUGACUUUUUUCACAUUUUCUUACGUUGCAUCAAUCUACACACAAUACGGCAUAAUGACAAAGCAAAAAGGUUUUUUAUUUUUUACAUUCAUGCAAAUAUAUAAGUUUAAAAAAAUAUCACAUUUACAUAAGUAUUCAGGCCCUUUACUCAGUACUUUGUUGAAGCAGCUUUGGCAGUGAUUAUAGCCUCGAUUCUACUUGGGUAUAACAUUAGAAGCUUAGCACACCUGUAUUUGGGGAGUUGUAUUUCCUGUUCUCUGCACAUCCUCUCAAGCUCUGUCAGAGUUAAUGGGGAGCAUUACUGCACAUCCAUUUUCAGUUCUUUCCAGAGUUGUUCGAUCAGGUUGAAGUCCGGGCUCUGGCUGGGCCACUCAAGGACAUUCAGAGACUUGUCCCGAAGCCACUCCUGUGUUUUCUUGGCUGUGUG